AGUGAACUACCUCUCCAGAGUGAACCAUGUCGCUCCAGGCCAGAGCCCUGGUCUCCUCCAGGUGGCUGUCUGAGGCCGUGAAGGUCCCGGGCAGAGUGCGCGUCUUGGACACGUCCUGGUUUUUACCCAAACUGCGGCGCAGCGCAAAGAGCGAGUUCCAGAAGCGGCACAUCUCGGGCGCGUUGUUCUUCGACAUGGAGCAGUGCUGCGACAGGACGUCUCCUCUGGACCUCAUGCUCCCCUCGGACAGGCUCUUCUCUGACUAUGUUGGGAGUCUGGGAAUCGAACGCAACACACACGUGGUGGUGUACGACGCCAGCGGGUUCGGUGCGUUCUCUGCGCCGCGCGUCUGGUGGAUGUUCCGUGCGUUCGGGCACUGCGGGGUGUCCAUGCUCGACGGAGGGUUCUCCAACUGGGAGCUGGAGGGUCGACAGGUGAGCGACAGGUGCGACAGACCGGCUCCGACCGAGUUCAGGGCCUCUCUGAAGCGCUCCUGGGUCAAGACCUACGAGGACGUCCUGGACAACCUGGACACCAAGGCGUUCCAGGUGGUGGACGCGAGGCCUGCGCGCAGGUUCAGGGGACUGGACCCCGAACCCAGAGACAACACUGAACCGGGUCACAUCCCCGGCUCCAUCAACGUGCCCUUCCACUCCUUCCUGUCGCCGUCGGGUCACUUCCUGCCCAGGGAGCAGCUCCAGGCUCUGUUCGUCCGGGCCGGCGUGGACCUCGAACGCCCCGUCUGUGUCCUUUGUGGCUCGGCCGUGACGGCGUGCACCGUGGCGCUGGCGGCCCACGAGUGCGGACACCCGGGGGUGUCGGUGUACGACGGCGGCUGGUCGGAGUGGUACACCCGCGCCGUGCCCGAGCACGUCAUCUCCGAAGGACGAGGGAAACAUUUGUGAUUGGUUCAGGAGGCGGACGGGUUAAAGGCCGGAUCGGACUGGUGGAGGAAGAGUUUGACUUUUUGGGGAAUACAUCCUGCUAAUAUUCUGCUUAUUUGCUGACAUGGCGAGAGUUAGAUGAGAAGAUUGAUACCACUCUUGUACAUGCUAAAUAUGAAGCGACAGCCAGCAGUCUGUUAGCUUAGCUUAGCUUAGCAUAAAGACUGGAAAUGGGAGAGCAGCUAACCUGGCUCGGUUCCGUUCGUUCUCCCCCAUCUUGACUUGAAACUAGAGAUUGAGACCAUAAACUCAUGUUUACAAUGUUUACUGAGGGAAUAAAUCAAGAGAGAAGUAGAGUCAUUUUCUCAUAGACUUCUAUACAACCAGAGGAGUCGCCCCCUGGUGGACAGGAGAGAGAACGCAGCUUUAACACAUGAAGCAUGUCACAUCUUGUUUGCAUAAAAAAACGAACGAAGAAAAGACAAGCCUUUAUGCUAAGCUGAGCUAACCUCUUACUGGCUUUGCUUCAUAUUUAAUGUACAGAUAUGAGAAUGGUAUCAAGAUUCUCAUUAGCAAAAAAUGUAUUUUCCCCAAAAAGUGAAAGGAUUCCUUUGACAUAAAAACCAAUGGCUGAUAGAAACAAACAUCACUGAGGGACUUUUUACAUUCCGAACGAGACGACUUGACCAAAUACCUAAGAAUAUGUUUUAAAACUGGAAAAGGUUUGUUUACAGCUGUGAUGCUCACGUUGGAAUAAAACAGAGCUGCACUUUGAAU